UCUGGCCAGCGCCGACUCGUGUCGGUAAAGCAAUCAGGGUGCUUCGUCUGUCUCUUCUCGCAACUGUACCUGCCAUUUUCUACGCAAUCGCAUAUCCCAGAUGGCACCCAAAAGAAAGGCACGCGUCUCUCAAACGUCCAGCCCCGCGCCAACACCUUCACGCUCAAAUACAACAGUCGCUGUCGAGAUAGAACAGCGACGACGACCGAAACCUACAGACGAGACACCCAAUACGAAACCCGCACAACAAACGACAGAGGCCGAGGAAGAAGAGGAGGAAGAUGAAGAGGAAGCUGCCAAUGCUGCGCUAGUAGCAGACCCCUGGACCGACGACGAGGAGAUUGGCCUGUUCAAAGGUCUCAUCAAGUGGAAACCUACUGGCAUGCACAAGCACUUUCAUCUCCUGUGUCUACACCAACACUUGCUAUCCAAUGGCUACAUCCACCCGAAAGCGCCACAUACACGCAUCCCUGGCAUCUGGGCGAAACUACACGGUCUCUACGAUCUAGAAGCACUAGACGAGCGCGAAGAUUCAAAUGCAGCGCCGUGGUCUGUUUCCGACGACGAAGACGAGGAGGAAGACGAAAAGGAUGAAUUGGGCGAUGACGACGACGAACCAGAACGUAUGCACGACACGGACUUCGAACUACCAGACGAAGACUUUGGCGGUCUGAUCUGGCGCGCAAGAUUCCCAGACUCAGAGGAUGAGGAAGAUCGCGAGAGUUCACCACCAUCACAUGAGGAAUUGCUUUCUAGACCUGACAGUCCACCUGUGCGCUUUACACCGAGCUUUGAGAUUCCGCUCUCCGAGGCUCAGCAGACUCCCUCCACACGAGCGUCAAAGUCAAAGCCAGCGGCAUCAGCAAAGUCGAAGGGGAAACAAGCACCGCCAAAUCCUAGAAGAUCGAGUCGUGUGGCCGACAGCGUGGACCCAGAUGACGAUGGUGAAGAGGAAGAGGAAGAAGGGAGCGACGAGGAUGAACAAAGCGAGCAAGAGAGCAUGGCUAGCGGUACACCUGCACCCAAAGCUUCAAAAGCAAAGGGCAAGAGGAAAGCACCUCCUGCAAAGCCUAGGGCCAGCAAGCGAAGGAGGUAGAGAUGAUGAAGGUCUGGUGAAGCGAGAUGUUGUUAUUUGCCUUGUUUAUCGGCAUGUUGGCCACGAGAUACCCAUUUGCAUUGAUACCGUACUUCUUGUUUAUCUUCUCUUCUUUGCAAUUACUUAGUCCAUCAAAAAAAUAUGCCCAUGAUAUACAUCAUGCCAAGGAUUGUCAGGGUGGCACUUGAAGCCCGAACAACAGCACACUUUCUCC